CAUGAGAUGUGCAAACAUAUUAUAUCUGCCUAUACACGAUAGAAUAACGAUAAACAGUUGGCCAUCAGGGCACAACUCUAACAACAGAACGUUCCCUAGAACGAGGGAAACAACUAGAAUGCUGGAGGUCAGUCGGACCCCGUGUUACCGGCUUUCAUGAUGCACUUCCUACAACAGAUGGAGCAAGCACAGAUGUACCAGUUGCCGCCACCUCCGCCUCCGGCUCGGCAGGUCACUCUAAAGACCUUGAAGGACAAUGACACCGAGGAGUUUCUUGGCGACAACAUUGCUGAACCACAGAUCGCCUUUGACUCGUUAGAUCAAACCACGAGGGUACUAAAGAACCUAAAGAUCACCGAAGUUGAUCACCUCGAGCUAGUUGUUCAGUUGCUUCAGAAAGGGCAUACGAGUGGUGGAAGAGAGCAAAGGUUUGAUCAUUUGGCCCAGUUCGCACGGACCUUGGUGGGUACUGUAGCAGAUCGCAUUGAAGAGUUCACUACCAAACUCCGACCAGAUAUUCAGCCCUACUUGUCAACUGUGUCGACGACGGACUUCACAGCCGCAUACAAUCAGGAGAAAGGCGAGAAGGGGCUGAUUGCAUGGAAGAAGAGUUUGGCAGAGUUUGAGGAACCAAGCACCCAACACAAGGGUGGAGCCACGUCUGGUGGCAAGCGAACCUCUGGUGGAGGUCACAACACCCAGCAUCCUAAGAACACCAAUCAGGACCAGCUCAGUCUGUAGCAUCAAGCAGCAAGCUGCGACCAUCCAAGUACCCUAAGUGCAAUCUCUAUGCGAAGAAUCACCCAAGAGAGUGUUGGUUCACUCAGGGAUUGUGCCUA